AUGGCGAUUUUUGUCAUGGCUACUCCUCACCCGAAGCAGCCUUACGCAUCUUCUUCUCCUACUCCUCAGGAUAAAGGAAGAGCUUGUAGAUACACAGGUCAAGCAGUGAGAGCUUUACCGAUACGUGUGGUAACAGUGGGGAAAAAGAGAUCAGAAGGUGUUCGACUCUUGGUCGAUGAGUACAAGACUAAGCUUAAACCUUAUUGCUCUUUUGAAGAUUCUUUGGUUCGUUCCAAUCCUCGUAAUGCUCAGGAUGUUAGAGCUCAGGUUGAGGAUGAGGAUGUGGCUCUGAUGAAGCUUGUUGGGUCUGAUGAUUGGGUUGUGGUGCUUGACGAGAGAGGCCGUGACGUUGAUUCAGAACAGAUGGCUGAGUUACUAUGGGAUGCUGGCAAUAGUGGAGCUUCGAGGAUAUCGUUUUGUAUAGGUGGAGCUUAUGGACAUGGAGGAGAAGUGAGGAAGCGAGCUAAUGUGACCAUUAGACUGUCUUCCAUGGUCCUAAAUCAUCAGAUAGCUCUUGUUGUACUUAUGGAGCAGCUUUACAGGGCAUGGACUAUUCUCAAGGGGCAAAAUUACCAUCAUUGAGAGGGUGCAUGAAUCUACUCUUUGGGUUUUUUUUUUUUUUUUUUGCGUUCUCUUGUAUAGAGAUACAUUGUUAUAUAUAGCUUCUCCGCAGAUAGCUGUAUCAGAGAUUGUUUUUGAACGUCGAACCUUUGCAAGCCAAUUUUACUUGCUUCUGAUCAAGUUCAUAUAUUAUGGUCAUCAUUGAGUGGGACGUCUGUUCUUGUUUGUUG